GAAAACCCCGAGAUUCCAAAUUUCAAAUUCCGUUAUUUUAAUCCACUACCCAACGGUCAUAUUCUUCAUUUCCAGAUUUCUUUAAUUCUUUCCUUCUUUAACUCCCCGAACCCUCUCUUCUGAAGAAAGCGUUCUGGAUAUCAGAAAAUUUCCAAAAUCAAACAAAAAAUCGGUUUGGAUAGACAUGGACGGUUCAUCUUCCGGGAAAAGGGUUUCUUCAUCGAGGCCUCAUCAACCUUCCGCAGCUCCUAAACCAUCACUUUCUGGAGCUGGGGAAACAAAUGAGAAUGUAUUGACCCAGGGCCAAAUGAAUUCCAAGUUGCAUAACCACAAGAAACCACUGAAUAGGCAUUUCAUUUCACCCCCCAUGUCUGAAGCUUCUAAGACUGCUGUAAGGGGGAAGAAUAUUUUGGGUGAAAGGAAUGGAGCUGACUCAAACUCAGGAGGCUCGAAAUACUCUGGCAGAUCUUCUUUAGGAGUUUCAUCUCAAAGUUGUGCCUCCGGGUCGAAUGAUGAUGAGCAAAACAGUAGCUUUGUUGCUGAUUCGUCCUCAAAUCAGUAUGAUCCUUUAACAAAUUACCUCUCCCCCCGGCCUAAGUACUUGCGCUAUAAACCUAACAGGCGUCGGGAGAUCUUUCUGCAUCUUGAAAAUAGGGGUGGAGAAGGAAAUGAUGGUCUUGGUGUUGAAACCAAGGAAUUUGUUGGAGAUGAAGGAUCAAUGGGGCAUGCCAAGAAUGAAGUUAAUGUGCAACCAGAAAACGAUGAAAUUCUCAAGAAAGGGGAUGGCGAUGAUGACUCCCCUCUUCCUUCCCAGGAAGGGAAUGCCGAGCCAGAAAAUGAUAAAAUUCCUGAGAAUGAGGAUGCUGAUGAUGAUGACAACGAUGAAGCAGUAUACAGCGAGGAGGAGGAUGAAGAUGAUGUGGAGGAGGAGAAUGGUCAGAGUUUCAAUUGGUUGUUGAAACUUCUUCUUUUAAUGGUGAUUGUGUUCCUAUCUCCCUUGUUUGCAUCUUUGAUGGACUAUCCUUUAUCUUCACCAACUGAACCGGCUAUGAUAGGCUCUGAUGAUAUCUACCCAGUACUUGGAGCUGUCCCCUUAGAUGUGAAUAGAAGUAUAAGUGAUUCUCAGAACAAAAUUGAGGCUUCGACAAGUAGUUUUUGGGAAUUGGAUCAAGGAGAAGUUGGUAUUCAGGCUGAUGAUGAGGUAGAAUUGGCUGAAGAUGAAGAGGAGAUCUUUGAGGUGGCUGGGCCUGAGAAUGGGCUCAAUGGAGGAUCUGAUCAAGAACUAGAGAAAGAACCCACAGAAGCUGAUAUGGUAGAUGAUAAAGAAGCAGAAGCUUUUGAUCACCUGGCUAUAUUAGAACCUACCGAAAACAAACUUGAUGCUGUCAGUGCAGUGGAAAAUGAAGGUUUUGGCUUGCUGAAGAAGCCCGAAGCCUUUGAUAAGACGGAUGAUUCCUGUGAAGAUCACGAAAAUCUGGAAAUCUCUGAAAGCCUUGCUAUUCCUAAUGCUGCACCAUCAGAAGAUGAGAAUUUUGCUACUGUAAUCCAAGAAUUCGAUCAAAUGAGUGACGAGAAUGAGGUCGUACUGGUAGAAGAACCAACUUCAAAGGCAAGCCUUGGAGAAACAGUUCUAGAGACACAAAUGGAUAGAGAUGAAGAUACUUGUGCAGAUACAGAUGACAAGAUUAGUGAAGAAUCUGAUUCCAGUAAUUCUGAUGGUGCCGAGAAGUCCAUAUAUUUAAAGCUCCAACAGAUUGGACCCACUCCAGCAGCUCUUGCCAUUGCUUCCUCCAUACUUUCCCUGAUUUUGGCAUAUGCAAUUUCCAUUUAUUCUGCAAGGAAAGCAAGAAGAACUUCUCAUAAACGCUCAAAUCCUGUCGUUGAACCACCACAGCAGUCUAACAAAGCGGAGAUACUCACAGCUGUGAUUCCAAAUGUCGAAAUAGCACAUGUUGAGGAUGGUGUUGAUGGGAAAAGAGAAUCUAUUGCUGCAAAGGUUUCUUCAUCGUCGUUCUAUCCUAUUCAAGAAACAUCCAAGGACCACCCCAAGUUGUUCCCCCAAAUUGAAAUCUCCCCUAGAGUCGAAAUGGCCACUCAAGACACCAUACAACUUCACAACGUUUAUUCUAUAGAAGCUUCAUCUUUGGCUCGCUCAGUGAGGGAUUCAUCGGUAGAGCUUAGCCACACCAAAUCGCUCGGGGUUGAGCUUCUUGGAGAACUUGUUAUAGGAGAAGUGAGCAGCUCCCUAAGAACUCAUGCCAGGAAAACCAGGCUGCCUGAAACAGAAGAGAGUAGUAGCAAUUCCUUCUCUCAUGUCAGUGGCUCAAGACUUCCUCCAUUGCAGCCAUCUGCUUUCUUGGACUCUCAAACCUCUGAAUCCUCCUCAUAUGGAAGAUUUACCACUGAAAAGAAGCUAGUCAAGAAAGAGGUAGGAGGCAAAGAUGGAGAGGCCAAGAAGGUAAUCACAACUCCAGUAAGGCGAUCCAGCAGAAUUCGAAGCCGAGUCAUGUCUCCAUGAAAAUCAAUCAAUCUUAGUGAAUUGUAUUUGUUUCUUUAGGGAAACAGCAAUCUGUUGUUUCAUAAGCUAGCUUUCUUCAUUCUUCUUAGAAAACUUGUUGAUCUGUUCUGAUCUAAUGUAAUGGAUAAUUCUCUAAUCUUUAGUUUAAUUUCCCUACU